AUGAGUGCAUGUGCUUCAAACGAACGAUUUCAUACGGUUAUUAUUCGUGGUGAUCUUCCAACGAUUGAGAAACAAUAUAAAGCUGAUAAACCCACGGAUCUACCUGAAGCAGAUCAUUGGAUUCGUGGAGUUAUCAGCUACGUUUCCGACACAUCGUAUGCUGGUGGUCAUGCUAUAUUUCGUGCUUAUCUCAAUGCCUAUAAUUCUCAUGAAGAUAUUGUACUUUCACCAGAUGAUUUGUGGUUGAUGAUAACGAUUUAUUUUGCAAAAUAUAUUAAUGACAAUGCCGAGAAGUUGCGACAUCUCUUUGUUAACCACGAAGGAAAGAUCAAAUUGACCAUUGAACAAAUGCAACCGAAUCUUGACUGGAACGCAUUUCUCGAUAGCAUGCGUAUGAAAAUUGGUGAAAAUGUCAAGAACGAUAUUGUUUCUCUUUUAACGGCCAACUAUUCAACGACAGGCAAAGUUGAAUCGUUAUUAUCCUGUGCUACGAUUAUGAAUAUCUUUAAAAAAUAUUUUGAUUAUGGGCUUGCGAUGACGUGUUGUGGCAUUCGAAAAGUACACUUUAUGGGUACAAUUGAUGAUUGGUUACUUCUUCGACAGAAAACAGAACAAUUACAGACUUUUACAACUCCUGAUGACGAGUUUUCGACCUAUGUCAAAGGUCUCUUACCAGUGCUCGAUCAACUCAUUGAUACGUAUCGCGGCAAGGUUGACAAUGAAUUUUGGGACAAAAUCUUUAAUGUCGAACACGUUGGUCAUGGAUCAGGGAGCUGGACAAAACUUACUGGUUGGUUUCUUCAACUAUGCUAUGGUCUUCAUACGCAAACAUCAUGCAACAUUCAAAAGGUUACAUUAGACUCAGUUGUCACUCCAGUAGAAUUCGAGAGUGAAUAUACAAAUGAGAAAAAAACAUGUUAUGUGGUGGGUGGAUUUCAUGGUAUUGAAAGCCGAGAUGAAUGGCAUAAACCAGUUAUGUCUUUAGCUGUUAUUGACGAUCUGUCGACGAUCACAAAACGUAAAUAA